AUUCAGUAAUGCUUGAACCAUUGAAGUGAAUAGUUGGGUAAUAAAUUUAGAGCUCUAGUCCAUACAAAAAAGUUAGAGAAGAAGGAUAACAUGGUGUUUAUCGAAUUGGGACUUGUGUCCUUGUUACUCCUAUACAUUUUCUACAAAUGGGCUACAUUUAAAUACAAUACAUUUAAAGAGCGUGGAGUGCCUCACGAAGAGCCUUGGCCUCUGGUGGGUAACGCGGGAGCGGUGGUGUUAAAUAGAGAAGGCUUCAAUAAGAUGGUCCUCAAAUUGUAUCAACGCACUAAAGAUCAGGACAUUGUCGGUUUUUAUAAUUUUCGCUCGCCAAUUUUUAUGGUUCAGAAUCCAGAUUACAUAAAAAAGAUGACCGUGAAGGACUUUGACUUUUUUGUAAAUCAUGUUCCGUUUUUUCAAUCCGAAGAUGAUCCCCUUAUUAAUGGAAUGCUGACCGUGAUGAAGGAUCAGCGUUGGAAAAAUAUGCGCAACACACUUUCACCCAUGUUUACCGCCGCCAAGAUGCGCGCCAUGUUUAGCUUGAUGAACGAAUGUUUCAAUGAGAGUUUAAACCGCUUAAGGGAAGCAACUAAGGGUGGCAAAAGUCAUGAUGUAGAACUCAAAGGUUGGUUCACACGCUUGUCUAAUGAUAUUAUCGCCUCCACUGCAUUUGGCUUGAAAGUCAAUUCGUACGAGGACCAAAAUAAUCGAUUCUACUCAAUCGGCCAAAGCAUCAUUAAUUUUCGCGGCAAACAAAUGCUAAAGCUCCUUAUCGCAAACACAAUGCCAUUAUUACAAAAAAUCCUGGGUUUUAAAGUAUUCGACACCGAAAAAACAGAUUAUUUUAAACGUUUAGUUAUAGACACAAUGAAAUAUCGACAAGAGAAUAAAAUCCACAGACCGGAUAUGAUUCAGUUAUUGAUCGAAGCCAAACAGGAGUCGGAUGAAAAUUGGUCCGAUGAUGAUUUAGUGGCUCAGUGCUUUAUUUUCUUUUUCGCCGCGUUUGACAAUAAUGCCAAUUUUACCGCGGCAAUCUGUCAUGAGCUAAUGGAAAAUCCUGAAGUACAAGAACGAUUAUACGAAGAGGCACUAGAGGUGCGUGAGGAACUUAACGGAAAACCUUUAACUUACGAGGCAGUGAUGAAAAUGAAGUACAUGGACAUGGUCAGUUCGGAAACAUUACGCAAAUGGUCCUUUGCAGGCAUGAUUGAUCGCUUAUGCUCCAAAGAUUACGAUCUUACCGACGACGAUGGGAAUGUUGUCUUUAAAUUUAAAGCUGGCGACUAUGUGGGGUUUCCGGUGGUGGGAUUGCAUAACGACGAAAGAUACUUUGAAGAUCCCAGCUCAUUUAAUCCCGAACGUUUCAACGAUGGAAAUAAACAAAAUAUUAAGACUUACACUUAUUUGCCUUUUGGUGUAGGGCCGCGAAUGUGCAUUGGUAAUCGAUACGCAUUGAUGCAAGCCAAGGCAAUGAUGUACUAUCUGAUAUUGGAUUUCAAACUCGAACGAUCUCCGAAAACGGUGAAGAAUAUUAUGGAAGAUAUUCGUGGGUUCCAAAUCAAACCAAUUGGUGGAUUUUGGGUUCGUAUAGUACCUCGGGAUCCAUGAAGGCGCUAUCCUGCUAAUGUUUAACAUUUAUUGAUAUAAAUUAUCUUUAUUACACGUAAUGCCAUUGCGUGGAAGCCUUGUAUAUAACUAUAUAUUUUAAUAUUAUGUAUAAUCAUAUACAUAUGUUAUCAUAAUAUUAUCAUAAAUAGUAUAGACAGUGGUGACAUAAAUAAAUAAAUUGGUUAUUACACUUUUGUACUAAUUAUUCAA